UGUACCGCUUUUGGCCUGGCACUUCCAGCGGCGAUAAGGCGACGCGGUGAAGAACCGCUUGGUCGUUCGCGGGAUUCGGUGUCCCUCGGCGGCCGAUGAAGCGAGAGGGAGUCGGAACGGCACAGCGUUUUGAAGCACAAAGACUUCAGUCAUGGAUUUUCAGCACCGUCCAGGUGGAAAAACAGGGAGUGGAGGUGUUGCCUCAGCCUCAGAAAGCAACAGGGACCGCAGAGAGAGGUUGAGGCAACUAGCCUUGGAAACGAUAGAUAUCAAUAAGGAUCCCUAUUUUAUGAAAAACCACUUGGGGUCUUAUGAAUGCAAACUUUGUCUGACACUGCACAACAAUGAGGGAAGCUACUUGGCACAUACCCAGGGGAAAAAACAUCAGACCAACUUAGCUCGACGAGCAGCCAAAGAAGCCAAAGAGGCCCCAGCCCAGCCUGCUCCAGAAAAGGUGAAGGUGGAAGUCAAGAAAUUUGUGAAAAUUGGCCGGCCAGGUUACAAAGUAACCAAGCAGAGGGACCCAGAAACAGGCCAGCAAAGCCUCCUUUUCCAGAUCGAUUACCCAGAGAUUGCUGAAACUAUCAUGCCGAGACACCGUUUUAUGUCAGCGUAUGAGCAGCGAAUUGAGCCUCCCGACCGGCGUUGGCAAUACCUUUUGAUGGCAGCAGAACCCUAUGAGACAAUCGCUUUCAAGGUGCCCAGUAGGGAGAUUGACAAAGCUGAAGGCAAAUUCUGGACUCACUGGAAUCGAGAAACAAAACAGUUCUUCCUUCAGUUUCACUUCAAGAUGGAGAAGCCACCUGUUCCUCAAAGUAUCCCGCCACCAGCUACUGUGAAGCGGCCUCCCCCGCCCCCUCUCAUGAAUGGCCUGCCCCCCCGACCACCACUCCCGGAUUCUCUCCCCCCUCCUCCUCCUGGGGGCAUGUCUAUGCCUCCCAUGCCUCCCCCGACAGGGCCCUUGCCCCCAGGUCCACCCCAGUUGCCCCCAGCCCCUGGCGUCCCUCCUCCUGCUCCAAUGCCCCCGAUGAUGAGACCUCCUCUCCCCACGGAAGGACCGGGGAGCAUUCCUCCACCACCCCCUACCAGUUGAAAUGUCCUUUCUUUGGCAUUUU